CCCAUCUCCCUCGUUUUGGAACAAAAUUGAGGGAUCAUGUCUUUUGGCUUCUCAAUAGGGGAUAUCAUCCUCCUCAGCCAAUUAGCGUAUAACCUUUACGCGAGCAUCAGCUCCGGACGGCAGGCAGCAUCGCGGGACUUGAAAGAGCUCGAGGAAGUGCUGUUUAGUUUGAAAUGUGCUUUGGAUCACCUCGGAGAGGUUUCGAACGAUGUGCUCGCGCGGCCAGGUUUCCGUUAUGGCGGAUCAGCGUUUAAAGAGAAGCUUGAUGUGAUGGUUAACUCGUGUGCUUCUACGCUACAAGAAUUAGACACUGUGACAAAAAAGUAUCGCGAUGUCGAAAGUAAGGCGAAUAAGGGCAAGACGAAGCUGCGCACACUGGAAGACGUGAAGAAGAGUAUUCAGGUCAACUGGCAAAGAGUGCGAUGGGACCACGAGAAGCAGUCUUUACAACAGUAUCGGGAGAAGCUUAAGUCGCAUACCGAUGCGAUAAACCUCAUGUUGACCUCUGUGGUCUGGGCGAACACUGCAUUCGCAGACGCAAACAGCAAGAGGAACCAUGAAAUAACACAUUCAUUAUUGGGAGACGUACUGCGUAACCCAGCUGUAGACGGAGAAUUUCGAGCUAUGGUACAAGAGAUACAUGCUAUACUCACGCGGUCGACUCCUGAUACAGAAACGAUCGAGAUGCCCUCUACGCAGGGUGUGACAUUGCCUCGUAAGCAAUUAGGUACCGUUGCCUAUUCGCCGAGUAAUUCAUCAGUUGGCAAGUCAUUUGGCACUAUCGCGGAACACGGAAGAAUUUUGCCUUCAGUGAGGAUGUAUGCGAUGUCGAGCCUCCCAUAUACAACGUCAGAGGCAAAAGCAUAUAGCGGAGAUGUCUCAGAAGGAGUUUCAACGCAAAGAGCCGUAUACGCUACUUCUUGGAAAAGCCAACCGACUGGAGAAAGCGAACUUUGUAAGCAGGGUUUACCAGGCCACAACGAGCUGCCAGUGGCUACUGUCAAACUUAACAAUGAACGCCGUGCUUUUGGAGCAAAAGAAUAUGAAGCUUUCAUACGGCGAUACGCACAGCCGAAAAGAGUUCCGAAGCCAUCUUUCCUGACGAGUAUCAUGCCCACCAGCCAGGAGCUCCAAGCUUGCAUACCAUACAUCUUUCAGUCGACGGCGGAAGGUAAGCAGCAGACGCAGGAGCUGAGAGACGAGAUCAAUCGCUGGACUGAGGGAUUUUCUCGCUUCAUCAACCACAAAGCGCCUCCGAGAGAGAAGGACGAAUGUUUCCUGAUGCUGUUGGGAGCGCUGAAUGAGGCAGUGGAAAAUAGCUCUAGAGGGAUGCGACAGCUAUUCUACGAGACUUCGGACUCUUCAGGCUUUGCAACGGCCUUGGACCAGGUACAAACCAUAUCUAAGAGCGUGAGGGUGAUGAAAGAGAUUGAGGAAUUCGAGGAUGCUAAAGAAGAAUGGGAGAAGCAGGAGCGAGUUCGUUGACUGUACAGUUUGACAGUUCAGUAUUUGGGCGAGACAGCGCUGUUAGAUAACCCUGUGUAAAGGACGCAUUAAAGGCAUAUCUCCCAAACUUGGAUUUCUUGGGGGACCGAACAGUUGUAGCAACUUCGCAUUCCCUUGUCCCUUCUUGCCUCCUUCUAAUGUGCUACUGAGCACAUUUCCCAUUUUACCACACGCUCCUCUAAACCAGAGAAAGCCCUCCAAAUCUGAAUCCACAAAGAGUCCAGGUUUCAUUGUGACAUACUCAUCAUCGUCUGGUAGCAUUGG